GUCAAAAACAAAAAAAAAGAAAAAGAAAAGGAAAAACUAACAAACAAAAAAGAAAAGAAGAAAAGAAACAAUGAAGUGUUGCGGUGAAUGAAACGAAUCAAAAUCUUCUUUCAGAUCUUUCACAGGAUUCUAACGAGAUUUUGAAGUGCUAAAGUCGUCCAAAACGAGUGUCAUAUUUGAACGGGAUAGUGUAGUGAAAAGAGAAAAAAAGAGAAAAGAAAAAAAUAAAGAAAAUAAAAAAUAAAAGAAAGGGUGACGGAAAAAGGGACGAGAACGUCCAUUUAGAAAUUCCUGUCCCUUCGAAAGGAUGAUGAGAUCAUUGUUAAUAAAAAGUAUACGAAGGAGGAGGAAGCAGGCAGUUGUUCUAACUAUGGGGUAGAAGAAAUGUACCCCGGAAGGUCGAGUUGGGCCCGGGGCGUUCUUGCCCUCGGUGCUGGGAGUUUGCUUCUCCUGGCCCUUCAAUGGAGGAUCGAUGAGAUUCGUGGAGAGGAGGGAGGAACUACUACUUCGACUUGGGACAUAAAAGAAAGGGAUGUAGAAAAUGGCGACUUAGAAAAUCGAGCGAUCGCUAGAUCGACGAUUACUACGAUCGAGAAUGAUAAAAACGAAAAAGUUACUUUCGCGUAUCAAUGGUCGAAUAUUCGAAUAAAAAGAGAAAAUGAAAAGAAAAGUAACGGUAAAGAUCAUCGUCAUAAAGACGACAAACGAUCGAGCUGGUUCUCGAGUACAAUGGAUCGAUCGAUCGAUGAUCGAGAGGAAGAAAUUGUUACUUCCGGUUUAUCUUCAAGAAAACAAAAUAACAUUAACAAGAACGACGUCGACGAUGACGAUGACGAUGACAACGACAUUCUCUUUCCAACGUCGUCGCCGAUCGAGCAGAAAAUCAAAGAUGACAUCGAAGAAAACAACUUCCUUCUUCCUGACCAAGGAGUUUCUCUACCGAUCGAACGAUCUUUGCACUUGUCACGUGCCAACGAGGGAGAAGACCCGACAUUGGGAAGGAGUACGAAACAUUUUACUGGAAUGCAGAAGGACCGGAUGCCUUUUUUUCGUGAGAAUCUCUCAAGAUCGUUCAAUGAACUCAAACGAGAUGACAAUAACCAUAAAUAUGUUAAUUCAAAAAACGUUAUGUCCUCCAAUUUUUCCUCUAAUGAAAAAUUUCCAAAUAAAACAAUUAAUUCGAUUAAAAAUAAUAAAAAGUCAUUGAUAGUUCGACUUUCUCACAGUUUUACUUUGGAUCGUCGCAAAAGAUAUACGAAUUAUUAUUCCCUACAAUCAGCAAUACCAAUGGCUUACGUUCACAUUCAACCGUCGUAUCCGGUGGCACCGUCACCCCCGCCCCCUAGCCGGAAGUGCAUACGUUGCAUGGUCGUCUACAAGCCGUGUCCUUCGCCACCGAGACAACCACCGAGAAUCGUCCUUCCGACUUACAAGUACCAAGAACCGGCCUCGAAGUGGCAUGGUCUCAAGUAUGGUACAAGUCGAUAAUUCUUUCGAGAUCGAUGGCUAACUCGAAAGUUACUUACGACAGCGUUUUACAAGAGGACUGGAAGAGCUUCUUCUCUUUUAUGUUACGCCGAAACGGAUACCUACAUCUUCUGCAUACCUACAAGUAUUCCUUUCGCAGGUGACACGUGACAAGCUUUAUCCGAGCUCUCUUCUAUCCCACGAUCCUUACGUCCGUGAGUUAAGACUCUCCCGAAGUCUUCGUCUUCGUAUUUCCCUCUACGAAUUGCGAACAAGAUAGAAGAAGGAAUCCAAGUAGAAAUAGAGAUAGAAAGAAAGAGAGAGAGAGAGAGAGAGAGAAAGAGAGAUAAGCAUGAGAUAUUUACGCUUUCACUAGAAUUCUGUAUUAACAUUUGAUCGUAAGAUCUACAAAUUUUAGAUCGUCCUAUAAAAAUAUUUACUAGAAAAUUAAUAAAAUGAUAUGACAAUUUUUUCAAUGAAUUGAUUAAAUCAUUUCAUAUUAUUACUCAAAUUAAAUCAUUACAAAUUAUAAUAAUAUUAUUAUAUAAAUCUCUUGGAUAAGAAAGAAACGUGCUCUAUUUUCUCUCUCUCUCUCUCUCUCUCUCUUUCAGCUUCUAAUUUCCAUUGAACUCUUUGAUCCAACGAGACAAAGAGUUCAAUGAGAUUUUAACGACUCGUUUGCGAUACCUCGAGUCUGGAUACGUGGGCGUAGGGCAUGGGCGUUCAAGAGGAAGUCUUCCUCGACAGGGGUCCUCAACUCGUUUGUCAGAGUCGAUCGUAAAAUAUGUUAUACUUUUCCUUCCUUCCUUCCUUCCUUCUUUUUUUUUUCUUCUCUUCCUCUUCUUCCUCUUCUUCCUCUUCUUCUUCUUCUUCUUUCUUUUCUUUUCUUUUCUUUUCUAUUCUCUCUCUGUCUCUCUCUCUCUCUCUCUCUCUCUCUCUCUCUCUCGCUACGAUGACCACAUCAUUGUAGGAUAGUUUCUCGAACACCUUCUUCAAGAAUGACGAGUCCGACGAACGAGAACGAUUUACGAGCUGGCAAGCUCGUCGUCUCUGAUAAUUGAAUUGGCACCAUUAAUCGCGUGUUUCAACGCAAUUCUCUUUUCUCCUUCCUUUUUCAUUCUUAUUUGCCAAGUCACGUAACGUUCUGUCGUAUCAAAAGAAAAAGAAAAAAAAAGAAAAAAAAAAAAAAAAGAAAGAAAGAAAGAAAGAGAAAAAAAGAAAAGAAAGGUCAAUGAACCGGAAGUCUUACUGCUUGAUAAAUAAACUCGAAAAAUUCGACGAAUUUGAAAACAAAUUCAGUUUUAAAUAGCUCCCUGUCUAUAUAACUCUAACGCGUAAUUAUUUUUCUCGUACGUGAUGGUAGAGUGGAAUGUAAAAAAGAAUUUAUCGACAGACGAAACGCAAUCUGGUUUCGUUUUGCCAUCGAGACCAACUAAACCGUUUUCUUUCGUUUUCGUUUUCUUCUUUUUCUUUUACUUUCUUUUUUCUUUUUUUUUUUUCUUUUUUCUUUUUUCUUUUUUGCUCACAAACGUUAGUCGACCACUCGAGUAUCGAAAAAUAAAUUUGCCGUUGCCGGAGGGAUUAAUACCAGGCGCCAGGGAGUACUUGACUCUAAUCGAAAUAGAAGAAUUCAUGAUAGAGAAGAGAAAUCCGUAAAUAAAAUAAACGAUUACACGCGAAGAAGAUUCUAUGAAUCUGCCAGCUUGAAACAGACCAUGUUCUUGUUUUAUAAGAUAUUGAUUUAUAGAAACCCAUUAAGAUGGGAGCAUUGAAAUUUUCCAUCCAAGCAAUUUCUAAAACGUUCACGAUCAAAAUAAAUAAAAAUUGAUCUAAAUGAUUAUUAUUUCUAUCCAAACAUUUAAAUCUAACGAAGAAAGGAAUAAUAUUUAAGGAAAGAAAAAAAAAAUUAAAAAAAAAAGAGAGAGAAAAGAAAUAAAUAGAAAAGGAGAACUAAAUGAUUUCUUCUAUUUUCUAUAAUCCAUCAGAUAAUUUGGUAACGAGAACGGUGUGUAAUGAUUGCUAACAGGUGAUAAUGAUGAUCGAUGAAGGCGAACGACCGAGAGACUCAUUUCCAUGCCGACUUCAUCGAAACUCGUCAAGUGAGACGUAUGUUUCUUAGUAUUUCAAAAUGAAUUUCCACUAAAAGAUAUAUAUCGAGGCUUCAGGCAACUUGAAUACCUUCUCUCACGUGUUUCAUCGAUAGCAAAUAUUCUCUUUCUUUCUCUCUCUCUCUCUCUCUCUCUCUCUUUCUAUUACUAUACGUAUAAAUUUAUAUAAUAAAUAUAAAAGAUUUUAACACAUCAAAUAAAAUGAUCAGAAUUUUUUUGAUAUUUCUCAAAAAGAAUUUCUUCUAAUCUAGAUCGUACAACUUCUGAUUUAAAUACGUACUUAUAGUACGUAUCACGUGAGAGAGUUAAACGUUCCUUACAAUCUACAAGUGAGAGAAAGAUGAAGGUAUGUGAAUGCUUGUAGAAGGUAAACGAGCUCGAUUAGUGGGUGUAUGAGAAAGUGAGAGGUACUGAGAAAACGAAGAAAGCAUGAAAGAGAUAGGGAGAGAGAGACAGAGAGAAAGAGAGAGAAAGAGAGAGAAAGAG